UAUUGGCAAUAUGAAGACCAGCGUAUUCCUUAUAGUGACAUCAGCGGUGCUUCUGCACGAAGUGAUCGCCGGAGGCUACGGUGGAGGCGGCUAUGGUGGUUGGGGCGGCUACGGUGGUUGGGGUGGAGGUGGGGGCGGCGGAUAUGGCGGUUGGGGUGGCGGUGGUGGCUGGGGUGGUGGUGGUGGCUACGGCGGUGGCGGAGGCCACGUUCAUGCUGGGGGACACGUAAAACCGGUGAAGCCGGUCCAAACCACGGUCCACGUCAACGUAAAAGUCACAAAGGAAGUGCGUCGCACACAAAGCCGAGGGCACGGAUACGGCAGAGGCUGGUACGGAGGAGGCGGAUACGGAGGAGGCUGGUACGGAGGAGGCGGAUAUGGGGGAGGUGGAUGGGGUGGCGGAUACAGCUACGGAGGAGGCGGAGGAGGUCUACUGCGCAAGCUCAAGUACAAGUUACACCACCUGUUUCAUGGCUGAAAAGCCGACCUAACCGAAGAACUCCCUCAUCUUCAAGCAACCGGGGACAUUUCGGCGAUGUCAACUGAGCGGCAGCGGUUUAGUGCAAUCUCAUACAAGUUUAUCGCCCCUUUGUAGCUGGCAAUUGAAUUUCCACGUGUAAAAUUACACCCCAGUUUACGAAAGAAGACAGCUUCUUCACGGAGUAACGCACAUGGUCGAAGUUUGUGCAUUCAUUGUCAUAGCAACAUAUUUUUCUUCACUACUCAGGCGCCAGCUAACGGAAUUAUAAUGCCGGCGCUAUUAGUGCUUUGCUACACUGACAAUUUUUUGAACGCUGUUAUUUUGCUUUAGGGUCCUACUCUGAGGUACUUUUACUGCUUUUUAAUGCGUACUAGUUGAUAUUGUGGCUCGACUGCCCUAUGCGGCACGUGUGCUUCGAAAGUUUUCUUCCUCUUCAGUCUGGUAUUAUAAGUGUUCGGUUUCUCUCUGUGUUCCUUAAUGAGGUGCCUCUACAUUUAUGCAUGUAAUACACAUGAUGAUUUGCAUUUCUAUAUAAGUCACGCUGGAACACAUUCAAUUCUGUCUUUUUCUUGUUCUUUUUUUGUUUUCUUCUUCUACGAAAGCUUGCCUUAUGCCAUGCGUGAAUGCCUGAACCCAAAUUCACAAAGCCUUUAUGUAUGCUAUUUGGACAUAGGUUCGUCAUGUUUGUGAGUUAAAUGCCUAAAAUUUGUACUGGCUGUAAUUUCAUCUUACCAACAGUAUUAACACAGGAGCUUUGCAUGUAUAUGCUGCCUCAAUUCAGUAAGUGUUUCUUAGCAAUAAUUAUCCUGCCACCAUUGCAGCAUUAGUUGAGCAUACAGCUACGUAUUAUAAACAAAAAAAAGGCUCAAAGCUUGACACUAAGCCGCGCAGUGAUCGAUUCAUAGCGAAACCGAUCGGUCUCACGCUUAUUUAUUGCUGUAUGUAGGUAGAACUGUGGCGUCAACUUUUGCUUUAACUCGGCUUGAACUUGGCUGUAGCAAUGUUGAACUUUUGUUUGAACUUGGCUUGAACUUGCUGUAACAAUGCUGAACUUUUGCUUGAACUUGACUUGAACUUGGCUGUAGCGAUAUUAAACUUUUGCUGAUAGGCUGGAUGUUGUCGCAGAGCACGCAUACGAGCAGCAUCGGACUCGCGUUUACGCGUUCUUUAUUCGAGAACUUCGUGCCACCGCAGUCUCUUCCGUUCCGUUUCUUGGGCAUGAUAUUCGGGAUAAAAUCGACGCUGCCGUUGCCGUUCUCGCGCAGCGGCUAGCCUUGCUUAUUAGAUCGCAGCUUUUUCCUCGGGAGUGCGAAUCAUCUUCGGGCGACCCACGGCUGCGUAUGGUUAGGCGCCAGCUGUGCAUAAGCUUUUAUAACGACAAAGUAUCACGUGACAGUGGUGGGACUAUGGUAACGCGCACGCAAUUUGUUCGGCUAACUGUUGGCCUUCUUCCUUUUUAGUGGAAGUUGUGUGUAGUGGCAUUUACCCAAUUUCUGUGGCACAUACCCGUUUACUGAUGGUGAUAGUUUUACAUAGGCCGCACAAAUUUCUGCGAUGCAUGCCCGUGUGUAGGGCUAACUGUUACCUUCUUCAUUUUUAGUGGACCAGUGGUGAGUAGUGGGAUUUACCCAAUUUCUGUAGCGCAUACCCGUUUAUGAUGAUAAUAGUAUUUCGGUAGAGGGUGAACAAUGAACGAUUUGCUAAACAACUUCGCUGUUAAAAGCUGUCGUUUGCUGUCAAGCCCAUAUGCAUGUGCAAAUGUAAAAAAAAAGACUGCUUGCUUUUUCGUGGUUUGAAUUGUCAUAAUGCUGACAUGAUUUCAACUGCAAUCUAGCACAACUAGUAGGAUAAAUCAACACUGAAAAGAUACUGUGUCUUUUCAAUUCCUUUUUUUUUCUGUAAUCAUUCCAAUAUUCUGACGAUGGCUUGAAUGCUCGUUAGAAACAUGCCUGCAUAUAUGUAAUGCCCCCUAGCAUACAAACACUAUUACUGAAUGGCUCAAGCGCUUAGAUUUAUCUGUGAUACUACAUUGUCCAAUGGUGGCGUCUGGGUUUUCUUCCAGCUCAGCAACGUCAAAUAUAGCUCAGAAGACGUUUGUCAUUUUACAAU